CUGGGCGGGAAGGCGCAAAAAUGGCGGAUCUCCGCCCCUGAGGGAGGUGGGGUGAGUAUAAUUGGGAGUUUCAGCGUCCCGCUUAGGCUGUGUUCUUUAGGUCUAGGCGUUUCCUCGAAGCUGCUGUUACACUGUAAAAAUAGACCGGUGUAUUGCAGAUGGAGUUCUGUAUUCCUUUGCCCGCUGGGCUUUAGUGUUACCAAUUUGAAAAUCCUACCUGGAGGAAAGAAAAAUGGAAAUAAGGAAGAACUAUUUCUGGUAUUGCUGAAGGCUCAUUACAAACAAGCUGAGCUAUGGUUGUGUUAGGCAUCAGAAAAAUAAGUACUUUCUAUCCUUAACCAGGGACUUCACAGCUAGAAUAACAAACCAUUCUCAUUCUGGACACCAAAGCCUUCAAGACUCUAUGCUGAAACCAUUAUCUGCCUUAUCCUUCAACCAAAACAGGAGCAUCCUGGCACCACAAGACUCCUCUUUUGUCUGCUUAUCAUAUGGAUCUUGUGGGUCUCCAUCUGCAAAGCCGAGGACGCGUGUCGUGACUUCGGGUGCUCGGGCGCCGGCCGGAUCGGCAGAGGAGGCGCGUGACCCAGUCUUGACAGCAGAAGACAGAGUUUUCCAUCCCCGCCCGUUCUAAGAUGGUGACUGCAAAGGUGUGGGUGCUGAAGAAGCAUUUUGAGGGUUUCCCCAAACCCAGUGACUUUGAAAUGAAACAGGUGGCGCUGGCAAACCUGAAGGAUGGAGAGCUGCUGCUUGAAUCAGUGUUUCUUAGUGUUGAUCCUUACAUGAGACCGUACAGUAAAAGGGACAUGAAGGAAGGGGACGUAAUGAUUGGCACGCAGGUUGCCAGGAUUGUAGAGAGCAAGAAUCCAGCUUUUGCAGUAGGGACCUUUGUUGUGGCUAAUAGAGGCUGGAGAACUCAUUUCAUCUCUGAUGGAAAAGACCUGAAUCUCCUUCCCGCAAGUUGGCCAGAAUCACUCCCCAAAUCUCUAGCACUUGGGACGGUUGGUAUGCCAGGCCUCACUGCUUAUGUUGGUCUGUUUGAGAUCUGCAAGAUGAAGCCAGGAGAGACGGUGCUGGUUAAUGCUGCAGCUGGUGCUGUGGGCUCGGUUGUGGGGCAGCUUGCUAAAAUAGGGGGUUGUAAAGUGGUGGGCUGUGCUGGCUCAGAUAGCAAGGUUGCUUAUCUGAAAAAUAUAGGCUUUGAUGAAGCCUUUAAUUACAAGACGGUUGCAUCCUUGGAUGAAGCACUGCGUAAGGCCUCUCCUGAUGGCUAUGACUGUUUCUUUGACAAUGUGGGUGGAGAAUUCGCCAGUAUUGCUAUCAACCACAUGAAGAAGUUCGGAAGGAUUGCAGUCUGCGGAGCCAUCUCUCAGUACAAUGACUCUGUGCCGCAGAAAGGACCUUAUAUUCAGAUUCCAAUGAUCUUCAAUGAACUUAGCAUGAAAGGGUUUAUUGUGAGCAGCUGGCAUAACCACCGGGAGGAAGGUGUGAAGGCACUGCUCAAAUGGGUCCUGGAGGGAAAACUGAAGUACCAUGAACAAGUCACUGAAAGAUUUGAGAACAUGCCAGCAGCUUUUAUUGGAAUGCUAAAGGGAGAAAAUCUUGGAAAAGCUGUUGUAAAAGUCUGAAGGUCACUUAUUCCUGGGAUACAAGCACAGGAAAAUGCGAUUCUGUUCAUAUAAUUUUGUAAACUCAAUGUUAAAAAGGUGUAUUUCUGUGUUUUUGCUGGAUGUUUGGGGAUAUUUUCUCUUGUUAUUGGCCUAAUAACUGUAGGUAUGUGCCUAUGACUUUGCUCUUGAAAAACUUGAGAAGUGCUUUAACCAGCUACGCAAAAAAGCCUUAAAACUUUUGUAGUUUGAAACAAACCUAAGUUGACUUAUGAAAAAGCAAGAGGCAAUUCUGAAAGCUUUCCCAGCAGAUAGCACAUCCAAUAACUAAUGUUUACCUAUUGAUUUUGUCCAGAACUGUGCAAGAGGGAAUUUAAUUUUCUAACCAGUGUUAGUGAGCAAAGAUCAAGCUAACAGUGUAUGGGGAUUCCCAGCUUCCUCACAUGGCUGUAUUUUUUUUAAUUUUCUUUGUUUUUUAAUUUCAUCAAGUAAUGUAGGUGUCAGUUAUUCUGAGAUAAUAGAAAGAAAAUAAAUCUGUUAAUCGGUA